CUCAACUCUCAAGAUAAGUUAAAAGUCAACCACCAGCAACAGAUGAAGAUUUUGACUUGUCAAAACUAGAAAACUGAUAGCUGCAAACAGUAAACAAAUCACUAUUGAGAAUGGGAGUUUGUAACCUGCUAAUGGCUUCCCUUUUUGGUCUUUCAGCUCUUUUCCAGUUCAACGACUCUGGUAAUUUAAGUUUUUUUACACCUACUUUUUUAAGGUCCAUUUAUCGACUUUCUUUGUGUGGCACAUCACUUGGUAUAUGAUUUUCCCCUCUUAUCUUCUUUCUUCAGAUUGGUAUUUUUGGAUUCCUCUGUAUGCCAUUGCUUGUGCAGUAAAUUUUUCGAAAAAUCCCAAUUCGAGAAUGAUAAGAACGGCCAAAUUCGAUCUGUGUCUUGGGAUCUUUUUGUUUAUGAAGGUCUCAUUUGAAGAUUUUGUCAAGGGAUCAAAAUUUGCUGGCUUUUGGUCACUUAAUAUGAGGGAGAGAAGUGUAAGGGAAAAAUUUGGAAGUGGGCUUGUAAUUAGCUCUAUGUUUCUCCUCUUGCAAAUCCCAAAUACACGUCCUACCCUACUCACAAAAUAUGGGAUGCCGAUCUUGGUGGGUGUUGCAUAUGGUCUCAGCUUCAUUUUCUUUGCAUUUCAACACGCUCAAAUGAAAUAUUGAUGUAAAAUUACAAUUCGGGGCUUAUCUCCGGUUCUGGUUCGGAGCCUUGGGCUGAGUUUCUAUCCCUUUUGGGUGGUGGUUGUUGGGGGUCAGUGGUUGGUUUUGAUUAAAAUUUUAAAAACCUUUCAAUCAACUUUUUCAUUUAUUUUUUUACCUAAUCUAUUCUUAUUUAUUUCUAGUAAUG